GCAGAAAUGGGUUCAACAGCAUGUUUUAACUGCGUGCAGUGGUAAUACUGAAAGUUGAAGUGCAGUGCUUUACCAGUAAUGGGAGAGCUGAUAUUGUGUGGAUAUAGUCAGGAUGUAAAGCUGGAGUAGAAUCAAUCCAUGUGAAGAUUUAAUGGAUGGACAUCAGAUUACUUAACAGCCAAUUAUUUAACUUCCUGAGGUGACAAAGUGUGCAGACAUGUAGGAUACUGUUGUGAUUCAGCGCACUUCACUCACUCUCAUAUUUUCCCCACAGAUCCACCGUUUGGGUGGGUUGUUCACAGACUCCGCUGAUGACCACUGAACAUGACAAGUGAUUCUCAUCUGAGCAGCAGUGCGGAGAAUGAAAGCGACUUUGAGGCCCCGAGUCCUCCUGCCAACGCAAUGCAUGUGUCAUUCACAUCUGCUGCUUCAUAGACGGAGAGGGAGACAAGACAGUGAAUGACUGUGCCCACGGAGUGAGAGAGGAGCCCCGGUUUGUGACGGCGCGCGCUGGAGAGAGCGUGAUCCUGGGGUGUGACGUGUCCCCUCCCCUGGACGGCCAGCAGCCCCCGUAUGUGGUGGAGUGGUUCAAGUUUGGAGUGCCUAUUCCCUUCUUCAUCAACUUCCGCUUCUACCCUCCUCAUGUGGACCCAGAGUACACUGGUAGAGCCUCUCUGCAUGGGAAGGCCUCCCUGCAGAUUGACCCGGUGCGCUCCGAGGACCAGGGCUGGUAUGAGUGCAGGGUCCUGAUGCUGGAGCAACAGUACGACACCUUCCACAACGGCAGCUGGGUGCACCUCACAGUCAAUGCUCCACCUUCAUUUACAGCGACGCCGCCACAAUAUGUGGAGGCGAAGGAAGGGGGAAGCACUCUGCUUAGCUGCUCUGCCCAGGGAAAUCCAAAACCAAUGAUCAGCUGGCUGAGGGAAGGGGAGGAGCUCGCAACCAACGCAAAAUAUUCAGUACAUGAUGGCAGUCUAACCAUCCUUGGCAUCACCAGAGAUGACAGAGGGGCGUACACAUGCCGAGCCUACAGCGACCAGGGAGAAGUGCUCCACACUACCCGUCUGUUGGUUCAAGGGCCCCCAUACAUCGUGUCACCACCAGAAAACGUCACUGUAAACAUAUCCCAGAACGCACUCUUCACCUGCCAAGCGGAGGCGUAUCCUGGCAACCUGACCUACACCUGGUUUUGGGAAGAGGAUAACGUCUACUUCAAGAAUGAUCUGAAGCUCCGUGUGCGCAUCCUCAUCGACGGCACCCUUAUCAUCUUCCGGGUCAAGCCGGAGGAUGCUGGGAAAUACACCUGCAGUCCGAGCAACAGCCUCGGCAUCUCGCCCUCAGCAUCAGCCUACCUGACUGUUCAGUACCCUGCCCGAGUGAUCAACAUGCCCCCGGUCAUCUACGUACCACGGAAACUGCCAGGCAUCAUCCGCUGCCCGGUGGACGCCAACCCACCUGUGACAUCGGUAAAGUGGGAGAAAGACGGCUAUCCUCUCCGAGUGGAGAAGUACCCCGGUUGGAGCCUGAUGCCAGAUGGAAGUAUCCGGGUGGCGGAGGCCACAGAAGACUCCCUGGGCACCUACACCUGUGUGCCUUACAACGCCCUGGGUACCAUGGGCAUGUCCCCCCCUGCCACUUUGGUGCUAAAGGAUCCCCCUUACUUUAAUGUGAGGCCUGGGGGGGAGUAUCGUCAGGAGGCUGGGAGAGAGCUAGUGAUCCCCUGUGCUGCUUCUGGAGACCCUGAUAUACCAACCAUCACCUGGAGAAAGGUGGGGAAGCCAAGCAGGAGUAAGCACAACAUCCUACCCAGUGGCAGCUUACAGUUUCUGUCCCUCAGCAAGGAAGACCAUGGAGAAUGGGAGUGUGUAGCCACCAAUGUGGUCACAAGCAUCACUGCCAGCACGCGUAUCCUAGUCAUCGGCACCAGCCCACACGCUCCGGGCAAUAUCCAUGUAUUGCCCUCAACAACCUCUGCUAAUGUGUCCUGGGAACCAGGUUAUGAUGGUGGCUUCGAACAGACCUUUUCUGUGUGGUACGGUCCAGUGUCAAAGAGAAUAGACUUCGGUCCUCACGACUGGCAUUCGAUGCCAGUCUCUGGUGCUCAGACCUGGUUGGUGGUGCCAGGGCUGGAGCCUGGGACAGAGUACCAGUUCAGUGUGUUGGCACAAAACAAACUGGGCACGGGCCCAUUCAGCGAAGUUGUGACAGUCAACACUGCAGGCUCUCCUCUGGGUACCCCAGAACCACUGGUGCUUCUUACUCCACCACGGUGCCUCACAGCCAAUCGCACGCAGCACGGUGUCCUCCUCACAUGGCUCCCUCCAGCCAACCAUUCCUCACCCAUCGACCGAUACAUCAUGGAGUUCCGCCUCGGGGAGAGGUGGGAGGUUCUGGAUGACCUGAUCCCAUCCACUGAGACUGAGCUCGUAGCCAGAGACCUCGUUCAGGAGUCCUGGUACGAGUUUCGAGUGAUGGCUGUCAUGGAUGACCUGAUCAGUGAGAGCAGCAAUGUCGUGGGAGUAUCUAGCACAGAUCCCUUCCCUCCUGCGGAGUUGCCUGACGAGGGGCUGGCGCGGCCUGUGGUGGCGGGUGUCGUGGCAACUAUCUGUUUUCUGGCAGCGGCAGUACUGUUCAGCACUCUAGCUGCUUGCUUUGUCAAUAAGCAACACCGUCGUAAACUCAAGCGUAAACCAGAUCCUCCCUUGUCGGUGACACACUUCAGGAAAAGCAUUGAGUCACCGCCUCCUCUCACCCCCUUGCCAGGGGUAGAGCCCUGCUGGGACGAGCCUGCCAGGAGCAGUUUCUUGCCCCCGCCCGCCAGCCCCCUGUUAUCAUCGGGGAAGAUAAGUCCAGAGAGCUCCCCUCCAUCUCGGCCACGCUCUCUUUCUUCAGAGGGUUCCCAGGGUCCAGGCCUGUACGUCAGGAAGCUGCCCAGCCCUCAGAGAGAGAAAGACAAGGAGCUCUCUUUCUACAAGAAAACCAAGCGUGCCAUAGCCAGCAAGAAAUACAGUGUGUCCAAGCAUGAAGCAGAGGUCACCACGCCUAUUGAGUUGAUAAGCCGCGGUCCUGAUGGCCGCUUCGUCAUGGAGAGCAGCCCACCGCCCCGCCGCAUCCAGGGCUUCCCCUUCGCAGAGGAGUCUGACAUGUACCCUGAGUUCCGGCAGUCUGAUGAGGAGAAUGAUUUUGACCCCGGGCCUCUGCCGCCCAUCAUGCCCACGCUGCGGCCCCAGCUCUCCCCAACGUCCUCCAGCCUGGAGUCAACGCAGCCCCCUACCUACAGCCCCCGCCUACACAGGCCCAUGGAAGGUAUGAGCUUUGCAGAGGGCAGUGCACUUCACGCCUCAGGGCAGGCCCCGUCCUCCCGCUACAGGGGCUUUCCCCAGGGCCCAUUCUAUGGGUAUCUAGGCAGCCGCGGUGAAUCAGGGAUUCCACCACCAUUCUACAUGCCUGACAUCAGCCCGCGUAGCUCCGCUCUAUCCUCCCCCCCAGGCACCGCCGAAGGGCCCUUUGGUUACCCCUCCAUCCCCGAGGAGAGUGGAGAGAUGGAGCACCAUCAGUACACUGCCUCUGGCCAUUCUCUCUCUCACACGCACAGCCCUCCUCCUCGUUCACCUGAAAGCUGGCAGCCUCAUGAGCUACCCUUCCUGGGUCUAGAGGGUCCACGGUUCAUAUACCCACCUCACCAUCCUUUACAUCAUCCCCAGGACCUCCCUGACCCACCCCCAUACCCUCCUCACUCUCUCCCCCCCAGCCGCCUGCACCUCCCUUCCCUAAAGGAUCCAACAAGUCCUGGACUCCUGCAGCUGGAGGUCCCUGUGGCUCCCCCAGGCAGAGACAGGCCCUCGGGGCCUCCGGUUAGGCGCUUAGCUAUGCAACAGGCCCAAAGUCUCGGCCAGCUCAGACACACGGCCCACGGUGUGGGUGUACCAGUGUUGCCUUACCCUGACCCGGCAGCCCGUGCAGGGAGCCCAAGCACAGCCCCCAGUAGUAGUCCUCAGUCCUGGAUCAGCCCGAGGGCGGGGCGCCGGGCAGACCCCAGCCUACCCCCGCUAGUACUCCAGCCCUCCCGCCUCUCUCCACUCUCCCAAAGCCCCCUUAGCACCCAGCCAGGUUCUCCAGAUAUUCUAGUGCGCCCCCCUCCGCGCCCCAGCAUCCUCCGCACCUCUCGGUCUCUGGAGAUGCCUGAAAUCACCCUGCAGCCCUCCGCCACUGUCAGUUUCUCCCGGAGAUCCUCCCUGUCCACCUCUCCCACUCAGAGCCAGGGCGCCACUCAACCCAGCCCCAGUUACCACGCCCACAUGUCCUAUGCCUCCACUGCAGCCAGUUACCCCUCCCAGUCCCCCUCUCCCCCUCUGGAGGGCAGGGAUGUUUUCGGGCAGAGGCCAUCCCAGAGAAGGACAGAGGAGGAGAUGCUACCCUCAGAGCCCUCCCAGCUCCAGAUUUCAGCCUCAGGGGAACCUCUAGGUGCGUCUAGUGAUCCUGCCGGGUCUGAGAGCUUACCAGCACUGCUACACCACUGUAUUACUAAAGCCAAGGGAGUGGCCGCCAACAACAAUAACAACACAACCUCCGGACGGAGAACAGGUGUGUGUCCCUCUCAGACCCAGCAGCAAUCUCAGACACCCCAAGAGGGAGAGAAUCUCAACUUCCACAGAAAGAGGAAAAGGCAAAACAAGAAGAAUCCCUAUCUCUAUUUGACCUCCUUCCUGCACCGCAGGCAGUCUGAGGAGGACCAGACAGGCAUCCUGGCCAGUGCAGACUCUGAGGGCCCAAAUUAUGGGACUCUACGCUGACCCAUGUGCCCACCAAGCCAUUGGACUCGACGAAACUGACCCUCCCCCUCACACGUAGAAGAAAAAAAAAAAAAAAAAAAAAAACUAAACAAAAAAAAAACACACACCUCAGCCCUCCCUGCUCCAUCCCGGUCUCUGUAUCAAGCUAAUACAUUUCUUAUAAUCUCUAAAAAGUUCAUCGGUGUUUGUGGAGCGGGAAACAUCAAGCUGAAUACUCCGGGGUUGGAAAAAUUUGAAGACAAGAACAAUGGCUUUUCUGAGUUGUCACCACUACUUGUCUCUGAGGAAUUUCACUUGAAAAUGCUCUGAAAAUAAAUAAUGUAUAUAAAUAGUAAAACAAGGGAAUUAAGCUUCCUCCUACAGUAAUAAAAAUGUGUUGGUUGAGUAUGUGACAACACGUUAAAGAUUUUUCACUCACUGGUCAUUGAGGGGUCCAUAUCUUUAGGUUUUUCAGUGAUACAGUGUACUGUUAAGCCUGGUGCGUCCUCGGACAGGGACAUGAGUCUACCUUUCCUACAAUACAAAUAGUGUCAGUAUUUAAACACAGGGUUCUUACCACAAAAUAUACCUCAGAGUAAAACGCAGAAUUGCUGUAAUUCUUGUGGUAUACUGUACGUGCUUGACCUUUUUACAUAUGAAACGUAUGGAUAAAAAGGUUUAUAUCACACACCAUGCUCAUUCAAAUGGAUAAUAUGGCCUAACUUGAUCUAAUUUAGAAGCUUUUUAUUAUCAGUAAUAGCUGGCAUAUUGUGUUUAUUUUGAUUUAUGAUCUAAUGCCAACCAUUAGGCGUCAGUGUCUUAAUUUUAGUGCGUGAUGGCUCAGUGUGUUCGCACUCAUCACUACAGCACUGCAUUAAGACAAAGAUCAUAGCCUUCAUGAGAACUCUCAAAAUAAUUUGGGACUUACACGCUCAACAGAGGUUGGACUUGUAGGAUGAGAAGAACAGGGUGAUGAAUUGUGAAGUGUACUGUAGUAUGUAUUUCAUUAUUAAGGAAUCAUUUGUGAAAUGUGGCACGUCUCGUGGUGCCUUUUUUUUGCCUUUUUUCUCUUGUUUUUUCUAACAUAAACUGCCUUUUCCUUCGCCUUCUCAUAUUUGUCUUUUCGGGGGGAGUGAGGGACUCCAAUGUUACGUGUAUUUUUACUUUCUCUGCCAAGGACAGGAGAAUAUGCUACAGAAGAUGCAUAAUUCUUGUUUUUUUUUUUUUUGUUUAUUUGUUUGUUUUUUUAAAACAUUUUUUUUAUGUUUUUAACUGGGUACCUGCUUCAACUGUGUAUAUCCAAGUAAUAGGACAGAACCAGAAUACCCAUAAAAACAAAAAAAAUACACAAGUUUAGAUUAAUAAAAGGCAAAUAAAUCAAUAAAUACAAUUUCAGUGGAAAAGUACAUGAGUUUUCAUGCAGGAAGAACAAACCACAACAGUAACGAUGUUAAUGUUUAACAGCAGCUGUUAAGAGAAGAAUGUGAUUGCUUCAUAAAGCUGUUAACAAGCAAUGGGAAAUAUUCAAAGAAUGGCCACCCUGACUGUUUAUCUUUAAAAACUGUAUAUUACUUGCUAGCUACUUCUCUGUAUGUUUGUUAAUUUUUCAACACUAACCGAUAAUGAAUGUAUGUUUUGCUGUACAGGAAAUGAAUGUCCCGAUGUCACAGUACAUUGAAUGACCCAUUACGUUGUUAAAAAGUGCAGCUGUGACUGGUGGGAUGACCAGUUGGCACAUUAAGUCCAAAUUGUUUUACUUCUCUGUGUUUUGCCUGUAUUUGAAAAUAACUGGUAGGCCCCACACAGGUUCUCAGCCAAGCUCCUUUUGCUCUGACGGCUACAAAAACAACCGUUUUCCUUGUAUUGCUAAAGCUAGUUCAAUCAUUCAAAGACAUAUCAGAUAGAUUUCCAUCUGCUACCGACGAAUCAGAGGUUUUUCCGACAAAUAUCCACAAUGAAUGAAUCGACUCAAUGUCUGCUUACUGAAAACUCUUGACAAGUGAGAAAGUGAUGAUUGCCUGAAAGUGAGCGUCAAAGUGCAUAUUCUACUUUAACAAAUUGGUUUCGUGUAAGAUACGAGGGAAAAAAAAUCUAUAUUUGUUAUGUACUGUACAUGGUGUGUAUUGUAUUUGUAAAGAUAAAUCAAACCAUGUUUUACAGGAAGACGUUCUUGUAUGAGGGUGAAUGAAAAGACGGGAAGGAUCCCAAGGUAAAAGAAAUUAGAUUAUAUAUAAAAAUAUUUGCUUACAGUUCGGCUUUAAGUGGAUAAUGUUUUUAAAACAUUUUAAGGUGCCUCAUUUGUCAUACUUUAGCAGACAUUAUUUUAUCUGAGAAGAAAAGAAACCUUAAUGUUAGUACCGUACAAUGUAUUAUUGCCAUAGCCCGCUGGCUGCACAAGUUGAGUAGUAUUUUCUCUGAUGUAUAGUACGUGAAUGCCCAUUGGAAAAAGCUUUAGAAGCAGAAGUGUGUUGCCCUCUAUAAUAUUUCUGGAACAAAGUAAUACUGUAUUUUGCCCGUUCAUGAGCACACAUGUAGAUUCACUCCAGAUCUCUUCGCCUUCAGGUGUCCAAAGCAAAUAAACUGAAGGAAACUUUUUUCUAAGAGUCACAGACAUGCUAUAGUCAUGUACAAUACGUGCUGUGGAGGAAAUUGUGUUUACAUUAGUUUGAUAAAGAAAAAGUGUGUUAGGGCAUAGUUGCUUUGAACGUUACGACUUGGUGCUAUGUUUAACUUUGUGGUGCUGUAGAAUAGAGGUCUAAAGAUUUUUUCGUUUCCUGUUUCCACAAGCGACUCUUUCGGCCCUGUGUGUUUGAGCAACUAAACUAGCUCCGGUAGACACUAUAGGUCCUUAUCAUAACAGUAUCAUGGUGUGAUGACAGUGAUAGACAAUAAUGGAAAAUAGUAGUAUAACCGCAAAUAAUAGAGACUUGUGACAUUCAACUGAACUCAAGAUGACCUGUUUUCUAUAGUGUGUUUGCAAUGUCUGUCCGUGCUUCCAAGGUACCCUCUCUAAAGUAUAUUUGUGAUGAUAUUGAGAAUAUUAACCCAGCCUAAAAGGAGAAACAUAACCUGAUUUAGAUUAGUACACACCACAGGAUACACGGGAGGGAAUCUGAGAGCAUCGUCAGGUCAUGAGGGGAUCUUUUCUACACACUUCCUGUAGGUCUACAAUCUUUGGUUAACAGCACUGUUUUUCAAGCACACUACUGCAGGGGCGUAACCGUCUCACGUCAUCCCACCACCCUUUUUGACGGAAGAAUUCCUACUAGUACUGUACAGUAUAGCCAUGACUAGUCACCAGACCACAUUUGUAUUUACUGCUGAUUCUCCUGGUAGAAAGGUAUUGGGAAGAGCUGAUACAAAGCUCAACAAGCUCUCCAUGGGGUUUUAUGAAUGGAUGUCGUCUUCCGGGCUUUUUUGCAUAUUCAACAGAAACAUGUACAGUGUUUAAGAGGGCUGCUUUGGACGUACUGUUAGCUCCGUUUGUUUUUUCGUUUUACUUUGUUUGUUUUUUUUAUUUUGUUUUUUCCAAUUUUUCUGCUUACAGCUUUUAGUGCAUCACUAGGUGCUGGUAGGAUGAUACUUAAAACCAAUUUGAUUUUUUAUUGUAUUAAUCUUGCAUGUAGAGACAAUACAAAAACGCCUAUUUAGCAAUCAUUCAUGGACAUCCGAGCUGGUUGUUAUUGGACGGAAAAUAGAAAUAUGUAGUAUUUUCUAUAUUCUCUGUUUUUUCAUGUGUACCAGCACUGAGAAACUAGAAUGUAUUAUUAUCGUAGGCUACAAUAAGCACUACAUCGCUGACUGUUUUAGCUAAUGCUCAUACUCAAGCAAACCAAGUAGUGCUUAAAAGGAAGAAAAUUUACUACAUUUCAUUUCAUUUUCAUCCACUGAACUCUGUGCUGUACAUCACAUGUUUACAUUCUGUAUUAUAUGUUGGUUAUUCUGGGUUUUUUUGUGCAUAAUGUUUCCAUAAUGUCCUUCUUUAAGUUGAAACAUGUAUUCAACAAUGUUCAUAUGUAAAUAUUUCAAAGCAAAAACAUUUUUUACUUUACUCUGUUUUAAACUGAUAACCUGAUGUUUCUCUUUAUUUGUCAGUUUUUUAGACUUGUCAUUCUGUUCUCUCACUACAUCAGGUAAUACGCUUCACUUAACUUUUUGUGAGCAAUUAACUCAUACUGUAUGGUGCUGUACCAAAGCCUUAUGUAUAAUAUUUGUAUUACUUUCCUCUCGUUUUGCCACUGCUGUCCAGUGAAUUCUGUAUCGUCUGAGAUCAUGUCUUACUCACUCUUCAUGUUCAACUGCCAUGGAUCUCGUUUCUUUAUUGAGUAAAAACAGAAUGAACUAUGAUGUAAAAACACUCUGGUCUGUUACCAACUGGCCUAGAUAUAGUGACAGUCGCCAUCUCAAGCCUUUAUAGGGAAAACGCACAGGCUCACUCCUGGUAGCUCAUCAUGACGUAGACAUGGGCCUAGCACAUGAUCUAUGCUCUAUCUAUGGCAUGUCUGUGAGAAUAUGAAAGUAGUGUCGUAUUCAUGUCACCAUAUCAUUUCAAAUGCUUAGUCCCAUACAAAAUUUUCCUCUCAAAUUUUUGUAUUUUGAUAUAAUAAAAAAAAUCAAAAGAG